CCACCCCAUCACUGCCGGACAGCUAAGGAAACCUUGGAUGAGUUUACUGCAGCAUUAUGAACACCGAGGCUUCAUCUGCUGCCUGGCUGGCUUGUACAGCUGUCAGUGGCAACGGGAUCGCCAGAACAGGAUCCAGCGGGGCCAGUGCUGCUGCUGCAGGUGGGAGUGCGUCUUCUUCCUCCUGGUCUGCCUGACGUUCUGCCUUUGGUUCGUCUUUCUGUACCUGUGGGGAGAAACCAAGAAUGACUACCAUAAUUUUGACUGGUACAAUUAUGGGAACUUGGGCUUUUGGUUUCACUGGUCUGCCGUCUUCUUGAUCCUCGCUGCCGUCGUGUUCACCUAUCUCUUGUUAUUACUAAUCAUAGCGGUGUGUCUGAUUUCAGAGAGGCAGCGGUUGUAUCUGCACUGGAGCCACAAGAUCGCGACGGUGUUUGCCCUGGGUCUCUCCUGCUUUGCCUUUGCCAUGGUAACGCUUCUCUGGAAUUCGCAGUGGAGCACAUUCUACCUGUCCUUUCAGGUCACAGCUCCCUUCCUCCACAUGGUUGCCGUAUUCAUCAUGGUCCUCCUAGCAUGGCCAGUGGCUCUUCAUUUCUUUUGGACAGACAACAAAGUUCUGCAGGUAUUGAUUAUUUCCCCCUACUUGGCCAUCCUCCUCUGCCUUCUCUUCAUACCCCUGGGCUUGCAUUCUCCCUGUAUUAUGGAGAAGGGGGCGUUGGGUCCCAAGCCGCACCUGAUUGGCCACAGAGGAGCACCAAUGGUAGCUCCUGAAAAUACAGAGAUGUCGUUCAGAAAAACUGUCGCUUACGGUGCUGUCGGCUUUGAGACGGAUGUGAAAAUUAGCUUGGACGGCGUCCCCUUCCUCAUGCACGACAAGACGCUAGGAAGGACCACCAACAUUGAGGCUGUCAAUCGCACGUGGGCAAAGGUGUCUGCGGCCAACUUCCCCUGGAGCGAACUGGAAAAGCUGAACUCUGGAAAUUGGUUCUUUGAGAAGAGGCCAUUCUUCGAAAUGCCCCAACUCUCGCCAGAGGAUGAAAAACUGGCAAGGAAACAGAGAGUCUACAAGCUCAGCGAUCUCUUGAAACUUGCCUAUCAGGAGGACAAACUGGUCCUCUUUGAUCUUCAGCACCCUCCAGUGAAUCACCCUUACAGGGACACCUGGAUCAAGAGAACCGUGGAGGUCCUCAGAAACGAAAUGGGGAACAAAUCCCACUUGGUCCUAUGGCUGGAACCAUGGGAUAGAUCCACAGUCCAGGGAUUAGCUCCUGAAUUCCAGCAGAUCUCGGGCGCGGUUUACCCACUCGAGGUCCUCCAGAUGCUUCGCAUUUCCAGACUCAACUUGGACUACAGAGAUUUGCGCUGGGUAGAUAUUCGGGAAUACGCGAAAGCCAACAUCUCAACCAACCUUUGGGUGGUCAGCGAGCCAUGGCUGUUCUCCUUGGCGUGGUGCUCUGGGGCUGAUUCUGUCACCACCAAUGCCGUCCACACCCUAGGGAACCUCCAGCGGCCUCUAUUCCUCUUGACACCCGGCGAGUACCGGAGUAUGUGGAUAGCGACAGACGUCUUGGCGGUCCUCUUCAUCCUUCUCAUAUUCGUUUUUCACUGGUGGAGAGAGGUGGGCCACACCACCUACGAAGCUCAAAGCAACGGGACCUUUGAUAAUGGCCCAUGCAGCACACCUGAGACAGAACUCGACAGGAUGCCGACUGUGGCUUGAGAGUCUCGCAUGCCAGCUGCUUGGUGAAGAGAAUCCUCUAGACAGAAGAUUAUUUCUCAUCCAAGAGCUUUGCUCUCUAGGAAGCCUCACGGAUGAGGACACUCACGGCACGGCGACUGGAAUUGUCGAGAGCAAUUGUCGGGAC